GAUGUUCAUUCUGGAACCUGCAUGUAGAAACAUUGCACUUUUAGGGUCUCAGUACGCCAAUGUCAUUGAAUGUCCUAUAGCUUCCGCUGUGUUUUGACUAAUCUUUGAUUUGAUUUGCUUAAUCGCUGCUCUCUUUAUGCUCUAACAUGAUUAUCUGAAGGUUUUUUCUCCUAGUAAGAGCUUUGGAACAUUUUUUUUUCCCUUGCAAUAAGCUGUAGUCAUGGAUCAUCUUCUUUAACUUGUGCAAAUGCUAUUUCUGUCGCGGGAUAUUAUCCCCUUCCAGCCUGCAUGAGCUGAUAUGGGCUUAUCCCGCAGAAAAAAAAAAAAAAAAAAAAAAAAACCUUUACUUGUGUUUAGCUUGUGUGAAGUUUAACAGUUUAUGUACAAACAGCUCUUGAGAGUGUGCAUGUGUGUCUGUGUGUGUGUGUGUGUUCAAAUUCAGGUAAGGCUGCAGCUGUGGGACACAGCUGGACAGGAGCGUUUCAGGAGCCUCAUUCCCAGCUACAUUCGGGACUCUACAGUGGCGGUGGUCGUCUAUGACAUUACAAAUGUAAAUUCGUUCCAGCAGACCUGCAAAUGGAUUGACGACGUCAGGACGGAGAGAGGAAGUGAUGUAAUCAUCAUGCUCGUGGGCAACAAGACAGAUCUGGAGGAGAAGAGGCAAAUCACGAUCGAGGAAGGAGAGCAGAGAGCCAAGGAGUUGAACGUCAUGUUUAUCGAGACCAGUGCCAAGACAGGCUCCAAUGUCAAACAGCUGUUCCGUCGAGUCGCGGCCGCCCUACCUGGGAUGGAAAGUCUGGACGAUGCAAACCCCGAAGGCAUGAUUGACAUCAAGCUGGACAAACCAGCAGAGCCCAUUGUCCCAGAGGGCGGCUGUUCGUGUUAAUGCAGAGCUGUUUCUGGAUGGCUGCCCUCACAUCAUAGGCUUUUGUUGUGUUGCUUUAUACUGGCUAGCUUCCAGUUGACUUCUCUAAUUGGAUAUAGGAGCCAGACCUUGUAUCUGAUUGGACAAAUCAAAUGUUAUCUUUCAGUCUUGUUCAGUUGUAAGAUAUUGUAUACUUUGUCAAUAUGUAAGACUGGAGGAAGAGGGUAAAGAAAAAAAAAGAAAUAAAUAAACAUGUUGCGUUGAAGAGGAACAACUAAAGAAGAAACAGUGUGAGAAAGAAAAAAACCCCCGAGAAAAACG